AUGAACUCACUCGCAAGAAAGACGGCCUCCUCGGAGCUUGCCCUGUCGCGGGCUUCUGCUCAUGUCUCAUCCGCUGGUAGAUCACUCGCAUAUCGCAGAUUAGCAUCCCAGCUCUCUCAGAAUGCCUCACGCAACAGUGCCACGCCACAGAGCUCAAUGCUUUCCGGGUCCAUUCGAUCUCCCUUGAGGUCUUCCUUCGUGCCCGCCGAGCUUCGCUGCACCCCCACUUAUACAGCGCAGUCCCGCCUCUUCCACCUCUCCAGCCGUUUACACCAAGAGAAGCCUCAAUCUGAGCAGAAGGCCUCGCCUUCUCCCCCUGCCGACGCAAAAGAACAGAAGCCAACAGGUGCAGAUUCCGAGGCCAAGUCUGAGAAGUCUGAGAAGUCUGAGACAGAGCAGUCUAAGAAGACUGAUGAGGGUGAGAAUGGCGAAAAGGAAGGAAAGGAAAACGGAGAGGGUGAAGGUGAGGGUAAGGACAAGAAGAAGGAAGAUGCCCCUCCCCCACCUCCCCACGGUGACAAGACACCUUGGCAGGUGUUCAUGGAGACCAUGAACACAGAAUUCCAAAAAUCCCAGGAGUGGAACGAGUCAACGAAACAAAUUGCAGCCUCCGCAAACCAAUUCGCUGAGAGCGAGGGUGUGCGGCGUGCUCGUGAAGCCUAUGAGAAGUCUACAGGUGCUGUGUCCUCGACCCUUGGAAAGGGCGCCAAGGCAACUGCGGGUGCCAUUGGCAAGGGUGCCUCUUGGACUUGGGAUACUUCGGUUGUAAAGGGUGUUCGAAAGGCUGCCAACGUCACUGGAGAUGCUGUAGACAAGGCUACUCAGCCUAUCCGAAACACAGAGGCUUACAAGAACGUCAAGGAUGUUAUUGACGACGGCAGCUCUUCCCGGUAUGGUGGUUGGGUUGAAAAAGAGGAGCGACGGAAACGACGAGAGGCUCUCGACAAACAGCGGGGGUACAAGGCCCCUGAAGCCAUGGAAGAGGACAUUAACGCUGGUACUAGCGUGACCGUUCACAAGGAUGCUGCUUGGAAGGAGGCCUGGAGAGAUUUCCGCGACCAGAACAAGUACGUCCAGGGACUUUUCAGCUUAAGGGGCAAGUAUGACGAGUCUGAGAACCCUCUGGUGUCGACAGCUCGAAGCAUCACCGACCGCAUUGGGGGUUUCUUCGCCGAGAAUGAGACUGCCAUGGUUAUUAAGAAGUUCCGAUCUAUGGACCCCAGCUUCCAAACGGAGCCCUUCCUUCAGGAACUUCGCGAGUACAUCCUUCCCGAAGUGCUUGAUGCUUAUGUCAAGGGCGAGACAGAGACAUUGAAGCUGUGGCUUUCCGCUGCUCAGUACUCCGUAUAUGAAGCUUUGACAAAGCAGUACCUCCAGGCUGGUAUGAAGUCUGAUGGAAAGAUUCUGGAUAUCCGAAACGUCGACAUCCUGCGAGCGCGCAUGCUCGACCCUGGCGAGGUUCCUGUCUUUAUCGUCACCUGCCGUACGCAGGAAGUCCACGUCUACCGCAACGCAAAGACAAACGAGCUUGCCGCUGGUAUGGAGGACAAGGUUCAGCUCGUCACUUACGCAAUUGGUAUCACACGAGUACCUGAAGACGUCAACAACCCUGAGACACGGGGCUGGCGUCUGAUUGAAAUGCAGAAGAGUGGACGAGACUGGUACUAA